GUAACUCCAUUACUUAUCGCGUAAUCGAUUAAUUAUCGAUUCUUCCGCGGUUCCUGUGAUGGCGAAAUAGGGCGCAAAAUCUUAUUUGUGAAUUUUUAAGCUGGCCACUUGAGCAUGGAAGGCACCACGACAGCAGAGCAGGAUGCGGACAACGUGAUCCGCAUACUGGUGGCCACCGAUAACCACCUGGGCUACGGCGAAAAGGACGCGGUGCGCGGCGAGGACAGUUUUACUGCCUUCGAGGAGAUCUUGGAACUGGCUUUGUCCGAGGAUGUGGACAUGAUUCUGCUGGGAGGGGACCUCUUCCACGACGCGGUGCCCAGCCAGAAUGCGCUGCACAAAUGCAUUGAACUCCUGCGGCGUUACACCUUCGGUGAUCGUCCGGUUUCUCUGGAGAUUCUCAGCGACCAGGGGCAGUGCUUCCACAAUGCCGUUAACCAGUCGGUGAACUACGAGGAUCCCAAUCUGAAUAUUGCCAUUCCGGUGUUCUCUAUUCACGGCAAUCACGACGAUCCCAGUGGUUUCGGUCGUCUGAGCUCCCUGGAUUUGCUGAGCACCUCCGGUCUGGUUAACUAUUUUGGUCGGUGGACGGAUCUUACCCAGGUGGAGAUCAGCCCCGUGCUGAUGCGCAAGGGGGAGAGUCAAUUGGCUUUGUACGGACUUAGCCACAUCCACGACGGCCGGCUGGCAAGGCUUAUCAAGGAUUUUAAGGUGAAGUUUAACUGCCCCGAGACUGCUGCCAAUGGCGAAGACGGUAAUGAGUCCAAAGAGGAGGAGGAUUGGUUUCAUCUGUUAGUGGUACAUCAGAACCGCGCCGAUCGCGGAACAAAGAUCUACCUACCAGAGGACCUGUUGCCAUCGUUUUUGCAUCUGGUGAUCUGGGGUCACGAACACGAUUGCCGCAUCGAGCCAGAGGAGAAUGCCAGGAAGCGCUUCUAUGUCUCUCAGCCGGGUUCCUCCGUGCCCACCUCCUUGUCCGAAGGCGAGGCCAAGAAGAAGCACGUCGGCCUGCUUGAGAUCUACAAAGGAAAAUUCAAGCUUAAGCCGCUGCCGCUAGAAACUGUGCGGCCCUUCGUCUUUGAAUCCGUUGUACUGGCCGACCAUGCCGAGGAAUUGGGACUUGUUGAAGGUGAUGCCUCUACCAAGGUUUUUAAAUUCGCCAAGGAACGAGUGGAGGCCAUGAUCGAGCGGGCGGCAGCCCAACACACCGGUCAUCCAAAGCAGCCAACUUUACCGCUUAUUCGGUUGCGGCUUCUCUACACGGAUGAGUCCUGCAUGUUUAAUGCGAUUCGGUUUGGGGAGAUGUUUAGCACUCGGGUGGCCAACGUUCAGGAUGUGGUGCACUUCAGCAAGGUGGUCAAGCGUACCAAAACGGAGGCUGUCAAUCUGGACAAAGAGGCAUUGCGACGCGCUCUGGAAGCGGAUAAUGCCACUCGAGUGGAGGAGUUAGUGGAUCGGUAUUUCGAAGAGGCCAAGUCAAACAAACCUCUAAAGUUAUUCCACUCAAAGGCUCUUGCAGAAAUGACCUAUCGACUGCUGGAGCAAAGGGAUGCUGAUGCAGCGGAAAAUAUUGUCAAGUUCUAUAAGGAAAAAGCAGUUGAUCACCUAUUGGAAGCAAUGCCCAACGAAGAGAACAUCGACGACGAGCUUAAGAGUUUUCGGGCGCGCCACAAGCACGAGGAUCUUCUGAAAAUGCUCGAUACACAGGGCUUAAAAGUAAAGAAGGAAGAAAAGUCCAUGUCAGAGUUGGCCAGCGCAGCGAACGCCCCCAUUGCACCCGCGACGGGACGAGGAGUUGCUAAGGGUCGUGGAACCGCCAGAAGUCGUGCCGCCUCAACAGCUGCCACACGUGGCAAGGCCCAGCUAGAUGUGACAGUCAAUAGUACGAGAACCUCCGGCAGGCAACAAACUCUCCUAAGUAGCGUCAUGGGUUCUCGAAAUACUGCGAGCUAUGUUAUAUCGGAUGAUUCCGAUUGACCGAAAUUCCGAAGCGCUUGCGUUCAAAGUUUAAUAAACAUCAGUUUGACAGUUUGAUCAGUGUGACAGUCAAUAGUACGAGAACCUCCGGCAGGCAACAAACUCUCCUAAGUAGCGUCAUGGGUUCUCGAAAUACUGCCAGCUAUGUCAUAUCGGAUGAUUCCGAUUGACCGGAAUUCCGAAGCGCUUGCGUUUAAAGUUUAAUAAACAUAAGUUUCCAUUUUUAUAA